AUGGCUUCCAACCCAAACCUUCCAAUGGCACAGUUCCACCUGGCUGGCUGUUAUCACAACGAAGUCGGGGUCGACCAAGACUACACCAAGGCCGUCGAGCUGUAUCGCAGUCUUGCAGAUCGCGGAAUCCCUCAGGCUCAGAUCGCCCUCGGUCGCUGCUAUGAGAAUGGUGAAGGUGUCGAUCAAGAUUACAACGCAGCCAUCGAGUGGUAUUCCAAGGCCGCAGAUCAAGGCAGCGAAGACAGUCGACUCCACAUCGUGUUCCUCCGUGGAUGGUUCUCAUUCAUCGGCCACGGUGUCGAACAGAGCGAUGUCGAUGCCUUCCACCACUGGCAGGAAGUCAGCACCGAGUCCGUCGAUCCAGUCAUCAAGCCCAUUGCCACCCACAUGCUUGGCUGGAUGCAUUAUCUCGGCCGGGGCACCGUGCGAGAUGAGUCGAGAGGCAUCAAGCUCAUCCGAGAAAACAAGUCAGACCGGUUCCCACUCGGCGAAGACGAGUGUCUGGCUGGAUACGAUGCUUCUAGACCCAUUACAUCUGCUUCUCGCCGCUUUUAUCAGCUGUGCGAGUUGGGAUGCGAUCGAAAUUGGUUGUGCAGACACCUGGUGGCCAUAUGUUUGAUCAAUGGAUUCGGAGCCGCCAAGGACGAAGCAAAGGCAGCGGGCAUCUUUGAGCAACUCGCUCGCGACGGCCACAGCGAUAGUCAAUUCUGGAUAGGUGAAUGUUACGAUCGUGGCCUUGGAGUCCUCGUGAACGAAUCGACGAGCUUGCAUUGGUCGAGCGAGGCGGCAAGCCAAGGUAACUCGUAUGGGCAGUGGACUGUUGGCUACUCUUGCCUCAACGAAUCCGGUUCCAACGAAGCCCGCACCAGGGCCGCCGCGUGGUGGAAAAAGUCAUCCGAGCAGGGCAAUCGCUAUGGGCAGUGCUGGCUUGGCGUCUGCUACUCGAAUGGCUACGGCGUCACCAAAAACAUCGACACUGCCGUCAAUUGGUUCCGCAAGUCCGCAGACAAUGGUCAUCGUUGGGCCAUCGAAAAUCUCAGGAGACUCGGUCAAUGGCCUUGA